AUGGCUCAAGGUUGCCCCCUUUCGAUGGUUUCUUGUUGGCAUCUAGCCUUCCUCGUGGCUGGCGUGCUUCUAGAGCCGAGUUCAUCUCACGCCUCAUCAUCCGCUAACUCCUCGAGCACCACCGUGCGCUCUUGCGACACGGUUGAAAAGGCAGCUAUCUCGCUUGAAGGGGAGCUCUUGCUGACUCUCCCGCCGGAUGAGAAAAGCGUUUCGUUUAAGUGUAGUUCGAAAGCGCAAACAACACUUGAGCCGCCGGACCAAAAGAAUGUCUACAAUGAAGAGGACUGCUCAAACGCUGUACCCCUUCAGUCGCUGUUUGCCAGUGCCACACUAGAUGAAGAAAAAAAUAAUCAGCACGAAGUCGACGCUCAAACACCAACAUACAAGCUGACUGUCCCAAGUGAGUCACGUACGACGAACGACACAGUACUGUACUACAAAUGUAAACUGCCACCGGCUUCAGGCUCUCUCCAUGCCCGUGAAAUCCCAGGUGUUGAAGCGGGAAAAGAGUGCAAGGUCAAAAUUACCGUUGUGGGAGUACCCCCAAAAGACCAAGAAAAUGAACAGAUUGAAGAGCAACAAACAAGUAUCAUCGAAUGCGCCAGUGCGAACGCCACCGAGGAGGCGAGCGUUUCCGCAGAAUCUCCUCUCUCAUUCAAAUGUGGAGCUGGAAUGUCCCUGCAUCCGACAGCGUUGACAGAUGUGUAUAACGACCGGGACGGGAAGUGCACUCCGCAGGUUACGCUGCAGUCUCUCGUCGAUGCUACACUAGAACAAGCCGGAACUGACGCCCCUGAGAACGAACAACCAGUGUACCAGCUUGCUGUGAAGACGGCUCCUUCUGAAGACACUGCCCUCUGCUACAAGUGCGUACCUUCAUCAUCCAGCAACGAAAAAGGCAAGACCGCCUCGGGGGAACGCUCGACAGGGGAAGCGUGCCUUCUGAAAAUAUCUGUGAAGGGAAGCGCGUCUUCCGCGUCGGCCAAGUGGGGAGCCCCUGAGGAGGGAGUCGCGUUCUUUGUGGGAGUGCAAAUUCUGUUCGCUCUCUUCUGCAUCUCGAUGUGA